AGAGUAAUUCUAUAAUAAUUAUGCUUGUUUCUAGGAAAUCAUGGCAGGGAUCUCUUCGACUAAAAGGUAAAAUGGGCAAGUCACCGGGAAGCAAGAAGGAGAGUAAGAUACCCCGUCCUAGACGACGAGCAUCAGGGAGGGGUCUUGAGGAUGGAGAGUUAAAGAAACCAGGCUCUAAAGGUCAUGGAAAGCCUGUAAAUGCUUCACUGUAUCAACCUGCUGCUCCUGCCUUCACCCUACCCUUGAUAAACCAAUCCAGUCACUUGGGUACCACCGCCACACUUUCCUGCCAGGUGUGUGGCCGGCCACGCCCCAUCGUCACCUGGAGGGACCCACAGGGUGACAUCAUUACCCCUUCUACCAGGACCAACGUCUGGGAGAGGGACGAUGGUAUGGUGUUUCUAGAGAUCCGGGGGAGCUGUAAGACGGAUAACGGUGUCUAUACGUGUACAGCGAGUAACGAUGCAGGUUCUACGGAAUGUAAAGCUCUUCUCAGGAUAAUCUAUCGUCCAGGUCCACCAGGCAUUCCCAUUAUAUGUGAAAGGAGACCACACUCUGUGAUAUUGCAAUGGGAACCCUCACAUAACACAGGCAAUGCAGAAAGUGUUACAUACAACGUUGAUUAUGCACAAAUCACCCACAGUACCGUUCACUGGCAGACCUCCUGUGCUAACAUCGCUCACACUACUCAUAAAGUGGACGGGCUGUCAGCAGGGGGAUCUUACAAGUUUAGGAUCACGGCUCAGAAUGAUGUUGGAUGCAGUGAUAAGGGCGAGACCACACCUGCCAUCACUCUCCCAGAUGAUACUGCCCUUGCACGGAGAGAAAGCAACCUCUAUUGGCAACAUACUUGGAGUACAGAUUUCAACAUUACAAGAGAGCUGGGAAGGGGAAGGUUUUCAUCCACACAUGCCUGCACCCGGUCUCAACAACAGAGAGUGCUAGCAGCAAAGUUCAUCAGCAAGCGAUUGAUGGAUCUUGAGCAGGUUCAGCAUGAAGCGUCCAUGAUGCAGCCCCUUCAGCACCCGUUAAUCUGUUCAUUACAUGCUACUUAUGAGACUCAUGGGCAGUAUAUCUUGGUCUUAGAUCUAAUUCCUGAUGGUAAAAUUUUGGAGUACCUGGUGAGCCUGUCUCAGGUGACCGAGAGACAGAUCAUUGGCUUUAUUAGACAGCUGGUACAGGCAGUGAACUAUCUACAUUCAAAUGGAAUAGUCCACCUUGACAUUAAGCCUGAGAAUGUUUUGAUGGAGGUAGCAUUGGGUCGAGCUCAGAUUAAACUGAUUGACUUUGGUGAUGCAAUGGAUCUUUGGUCUUCCCCACCGCCUUUCUACCAUGAACUCAAUGCUAACCCAGAAUUCUGUGCACCGGAGCUCCUCAACGGAAAUGAAAUUGAUUAUGGCACAGAUGUAUGGAGUAUUGGAGCUCUUUCCUAUGUCAUGUUGAGUGGCGUCUCCCCGUUUCUUGAUGAAAGUCUGGAGGAGACCAAUAUGAACAUCAUCCGAGUUGACUACAGCUUUCCAGAUGAGUACUUCAAGAAUGUCAGCCAGAAUGCCAAGCAUUUCAUCACGGGACUGCUCCAACCAGAAACUAGUGAAAGGAAGACUACAUCAGAAUGUUUGAUGAACCAUUGGUUUGCUCAGACGUACUCUUCCCAAGAUGACCCCACCCUCAUGCACAAAACCAGGCUAGAAGAUUUCAUACACAGAAGAAAAACACAGCACAACUUUGUAUCAGUGAAAGUAAACAGAAGAUAACACAGACAUCCACCUUGGCAAUGUCGAUUGCAAUUAGAACUUUACUCUCUCAAACCAAGCUGCAAUAUCAACCCACCUGGUAAUUGGACUCGUCGCCAAUUGUAAGCAGCUGGUUCCUCUCCAAAGCCCAUGGGAGUAAUAGAAUUCAGUAGUCUAUGCGUUCAUGUACGAUUCUCUGAUGAUGAUGAUGAUGCAUUCUGGGACUAGUAGUGAGUUUUUACGUGCAUCCUCCCUUGCAAUUUCUCUGCAGAGCAUUCUUUCAUGUGGAGUACUGCUCUUUGAUGAAUAUCAAGCCACAAGGAAUGUGAAUCGAUUGUUUUCAUAACUUAAGAUAUUGGACAUUGUGAAGGAUAGCUGUGAUGAUGAUGUUGCGCUUGGGACUAGGAGUGAGUAUCCUCUCUUCCAAUUGCUCUGGAGAGCAGCUCUGGAAAGCAUUCUUUCAUGUGGAAUACUGCUCUUUGAUGAACAUCUAGACACAAGGAAUGUGGCUGGGUUUGUUUUCAGAACUACUGUAUUGGACUUUGUGAAGGAUAGCUCAUUCGAUAAAGGAGUGGGUUUUGUCAUCUCACGAACUGGCUUCAAGAUCUGUGCACUUUGACAAGGGAUUUUAUUCAUCUUCAAUAAUCAGGCUCCUCGGAAAGGAGGCAGAGGUAUAAAUCCUGUUAUGCUUAGUCACGCUAAUGAAACCAAUUUAUUUGAGUCGUGAUACACAGUGAAUUAUGAACUUAUACAGUAGUUAAUACUUUUUUCUGUGCUAUGCUGCAAUAUUAUUGUUAGUUUGGAAAAAAAUAGCAAGAUUCCCUUGAAAUUCUUCUCUCUGCCAUUAUCUGUAUUUUUGUAAUAUUGCAUGAUUUUUUUUUUUUACAUUCAAUACACAGUAGUCUCAUUAUUUGUGUAGGUUGUGGUUUAGCCUGCAUAUCAAACUUGUUAAAAGCUAUUAGAGUAAUUUGUAUUAUAGGAAUACAAGAAACUAUGCACACCAAUUUAUUUUGAGGUACAUGUAGUUCUUAUCGUUAUCCAUAUCCAUCACGAUUACCAAAGAAUUUUUAUUUAUAUAUUAUAUCUUCUGUAUCCAAUAAAUGUAAUUAUUUUGUAUUUUUUUAAUUAAGUUAUGAAUGCAAAGCACAUCCACCUAUUCUUGUGAGAGAAGUUGGCCAUGUUUUCAGUAGUUCUCCCACCAUUCCCCAUGGAAAACCAGGCCACAUUAAAUGAUUAUACUGCAUAUUUUAUCACUGGCUGGUUGUACUUUGUUUGGCACCUUCCCAGCAAGAAUUCUCACAUUCAUCUUCCUUUUAUGAUAAUAAUAAUAGCGGCAUAUUUACCCAGGGUAGCCACUUCAGUUCCGAAAACUGUUCUCCCAGCGGGCCAUGCUAUUAUUACCCCGGCUUUAGCAUGGCUACCUUUAUCGGGCGCUCGAGCAUUCGAGGAAUUUCUUCCUACCGGGUACUCAUUCACCUCACCUGGGUCGAGUGCAGCACAAUGUGGAUAAAUUUCUUGCUGAAGGAAAUUACGCCAUGGUUUUUAUGCCAUGAUGAAAUGGGAUGAUUGAAAUUAAAGGUUGGCUUCCUACUAAGAGGGUCACUGACUUCAGUUAUGGAGUCUUACAAGUAAUCUUCUAAUGAAAACAAUCGUCAGAAAGAGAGGGAAUGUUUUGGUAACCAUUGUUCCAAUGCUUUAUGCAAUGAUUUUUAUCAAUUGAUGAAUUUAUCAGAAUAAUUCAUAGUAUAAACAAAACCAUAAGUAAGCUUGAAAUUUACCGGUAUUCUUUAUUGCAUUAUACAUGUAUACACUGCUUGUACAAGUAUAAUAUAUGAAAUUGAAACCUUGUCAGUAGUAGAUGUUUCUUAAAGCUUUUGCUCCAUUUUGGGGAACAAAAUACUGCCAGUUUCAUGGAAACAUUUGCACCAAAAAAAAUAUAUGUAAUAGGACCUUCAAAAGUGGUAGUAAAAUACACUUUCACACAGAAAUACGAGUUUAUUGCUAGAAAUAAUAUUGUGCUGUUUACAAUGUUGUAAUCCCAGAUUGAUGGAUAUUUUCUCCAUACGAUAUUCAUUAUUUUGUUUGUAUUUUAUGUCCAAUCAUGUAGCAUCACAUUUUCAACAUUUUCUACAUAAAUUAUGCUCAGGUUUUCUCUGUUUCUUUUUGUAUUUACUUUUUGUUGAUAACAGUUUAUGUAUGUGCCAUGUACAUGUUAUCAAUAUUAAGUGAAUGUGCACAUGUUGACCCCAACAGUAUGCAAACACAGGGCCUCUAAUACCAUUAUAUUGCAAUAUUUUUGUACAAUUGUGUAAUAUUGUCAAUGCUGUCCUAUGUGUGUACCAAUAAACAAGGGUUCUAUUUCAUGCUGAUAGGGCCUCAAUUCAAUGUACUAAACCAUUUCAAGAUUGUCUAUUUUUAUAUGGGAAUAAAAGGUAGCAUUGUAUGAUUUAAUGACAUUAUAAUGAACUCUUAGAAUAUGCAAUUAGAAUACAAAAAUGUCUAUUUCUUCAUUUUAAGAUAAGAAUGGAGUCUGUCACCCCCAUUCAUGUGUGAUAACUUAUGGAUUGAAUAUACAAUGCAUAAAAAUAUAUUAAUUUGCCAUCAAUUAACAUUUUGUUGGUAACUUUAUUUGCUGACCUUUGCAGUGCUAUACACAUGCCCCCCCCCCCCCAUGUGCUCAUGAUUAGCUCCAAUUAAAUAGAAUGUUAUAUUUGUAGGGGGGUGGUGACAAAGACACAAUAUACUUAUGAUUUAUUUAGACAGGGUAUAUAAUAUAUCUUCAUAUAAUUUCCUGAUAGAACUAAACAACUUUAGAAAUGAAAACUGCAUGUAUGCUUGUUAUGCAUCAACACUUUAACUUGCCUUAAUUAAGAGUUCAAAUCAAACUUGAAAUUACAGUUGUCUUGUAUCUUACAUUAGUUAUUUUUUACUAUACAAAUGGACUAGUUGAUAAUAAGUUUGUUAUGUUAAUGUUUGUAUAUGAGAUUGUAUAUUUCCUGUAGAUGAUGAAACCCAACAAUGAAUAAGUGAAAUAUACUAUGAAAUAUGAAA